AUGUGUGUAGAAACAUUAUGAGCGCAACUAAUCUUGAAGAAAUGUGAUUUUUAAUAUGGCUUUGAUUUAAAUCUAUGAUUAUUCAUUUCAGCUAUUGUUCAGAUAAAAUGUUGGUGGGUUGCUUCUUCAGGUUAAAAUUCUGUAUUCUUGAAACUUUUUCCUCUCGUUGAGUAUUUAUUGAGUGUUAAACCUUGUCACAUAAUAACAUUAAGAUUUUUCUUGCAUUUCUUAGAGAACCUGGGUUGUAAUGAAGUUUUGGAAACAUUUAGGAAAGGGGUCUAUAGUUAUAUCAAUUAGAUUAUCGUACUUUACCAUCUUAAAUAUUCACCUGAAAUUCAAACACAGUAAUCUGAAAUUUUCAAUACUAACAUAUAUUUUUCCCAGAAUUAUCAUUUUCUUCAUCUUUUUAUUAGUUCAGUUAAGAUGUUCAAGUGCCAUUGAUCAAUUUAGGAACUGUUUGAUGGCACUUAAAUCACUCUUGAGUUGCACUUUAGAUGGGCGUUUACAGGUCCCUUACACCUUUGUUGCUUCAUUAGCACUCUGAGACAAGCUUCAGUAUUAUUUGAUCAUCCAUGCGAGGUAAAUAUGCAAGCAGGACUGUUUAUGUUCUUUGGUUGACCUCCUAGCCAAAGUCAACCAAAGAACAUAAGCAAUCUGAAAGUAAUUCUCUGUUUUUUUACUACCAAGACUGUUCAUGUUCUUUGGUCGACCUGCCUUCCAAAGUCAAAAUGUUACUUGUCAAAGAAACAAGGGAAUUCAGAAGCUGACUAAAAUUUCAAAACCUUGGGGAGCAAUCCAUUGUCUCACUGUGUAUAAAAUGUCCGAGAAGCCAUGAGGACAUUUGAGUUGACUAAAUUUCAUCUUCUGGUUAAUUGAUUUGCCAUGGCAAUGGCAUGGAAGCAAAUAGUGGUGUUGCUCGUAAUGGCUUCAAAUUUGCAAAUUGCUACGAUGGUGAUGGUCAUGAGGACAAUGAACGGAUUAUCAAGGUGGUCGUGGGAGGAACAGAGCGGGAUCUUGUUGCAGUCUCUGCCGCAAGGACCGGUGCCGCCUUCUGGGCCUUCUUGUUGCACUCAUAACCCUGAUGCCCCUCACUGCGGACCUUGUUGAGGAUCAAAAUUAGAUAGAUGAAAGUAGCAAAGAUGACAACAACGGUGAGAAAGAAUUAUUAUAUAAUAUGGAAGAUGAAUGUGUAUAUAUUGCUGAUGAUCUUUUUUAUUUUCUUCUAACAUAUAUGUGAUUGAAUAUUUUUAAAGAAAGAUUGCUUCCAUCAUAGAGAUCCUAUGAACGUGAUUGCUAGCUGUUCGUUUCUUUUCACCCAAAUCUAUUUAGCUGAUGUAAACCAACCAACCAUUGCAUUGCCUAUGAUCGAUCGGCAUCUAUGCUUGGAUACAAAAUGGAAGGUGGUGGCCUACAAUGAACAAAGCAUGGAUGCCAAGUAGCUACUUCAGUUGACACGGAUUAGCCAACCAGUUGACAACUUAGCUAAUUAAUUAUAUUUGAAGAGUUCAAGAACAUUGGAAUUAGAUUAACAUAUUGAAAGUGGCUUUUCAUGAUGAUUCUAGUCAUAUCUGACAGUUGGUAAACUUGUUGACUUUGCAUCUGAUAUACAUGAAGCCUUCUCAUUGAGCUUCCUCAGUCAUGGAAAACCCAAAAAGGUUUGAAACAUAUUUACAUUCUGAACUCCAAUUCAUUUGGCUGCAAUUUCUUCCCUCUAGCCGUAACUAUUUUUGUUCAUAUUGUUCAUUCUAUGGCAGUGAGACUGAUAUUGUGAUUGUAGAUGGUGUUGAAGCUCGAAACCUUGUGGCUUCGGGUCAUCAUCGUUACUUGGAUGUCAGAAUGGAGGAGGAUUUCGAGAAAGGGCACCUGGAGGGCGCUUUGAAUGUUCCUUACUACUCCUCUGUCACUCCUCGAGAGAAGGUGAAGAACCUUGAAUUUAUAGAGCAAGUUUCGUCUCUCCUUCGACACGAAGAGCCGUUCAUUGUGGGUUGUCGAACUGGAGUAAGAGCAAAACGAGCAACUAUAGAUCUCCUUAACGCGGUAGGCCAAUUAUAUAAAGAUAUAUUGACUUUGAAGGAUACAAGAAUGCUAAAUUGUAAAGAUAUUAGCAGCUAUAGAUCUCCUUAACGCUAAAUGUCGGCCUUCAGGGCUUCACUAAUGUCAAAUACUUAGCCGGAGGCUACACGGCGUGGUUGAAGAGCGGAAUUGAAGACACUUCGAGUAUCUAAAGAGAUCUCUGGCCUUUGAUUGCUGUUGAGAGAAUAUGCGUUGUGCUCCAUUCUGAGUUGUAAUAAUAAUAAUCGUAAACGUUUGCCAUCAGGAAGUAGAAUCUUCAAAAGACAAUACACCUCUUGAGAGAAAUUUAAGGAAGAAUCAUCAGAAAUACCUUUGCGAAAAGAAUAAAUUAUAUUUUCAAUU